AUGGAUUUGCACUCUGUUGGUUGCAAAUUUACUUGGUUCAAUCAAUGUACGGAUCAUCCUAUACACAUUAAACUUGAUAGAGUUUUGGUUAAUGAAGGUUGGGUUAAAACUUUCACUGAUUCAUACUGCUCCUACCAGAGUUCAUCCUGUUCUGAUCACUGUCCAAUCAUUAUUCAUUAUGGUAGGAAUUUCCAGGUGAACCACAGAUUUCUAUACAAAAAUUACUGGUCUAUAAUUGAUAAGUACUGGGAACUUCUUCUUGACUCUUUUUGCUUGCCUAUCUCGGGAAAUCCGUUAUCCCACUUAUGUAACAGUUUGAGAAUUUUAAAGAGUAGUCUCAAAACUCAAAAUUGGGCCACUUCUUCUACUAUCAGUAAGCAUAUGGAUCAAUGUCUUCAUAAGCAAAAGUAUAUUCUGGAUGCUUUGCAAUCUGUCCCUACCAAUACUUUUAUGAAUCUUGCUUACAAGGAUGCUAAUGAUGAGCUUGCAAACUUAUCUUCUUUGCAAGCCUCGUGGAUUAUUCAAAGGGCUAAGGUCAACUGGUUAAAACAUGGGGAAGACGACCUUAAAUUCCUAUAUUCUAAGAUCCGGACUAAAAUGGGUGGCACCAAAUCUGUUGUUAAUCUUCUUGCCUGUAAUCCCCUUUCCACUAGAGCUGAUGUGGUUAAUUCCAUUAUACAGUACUUCCAAGAAUUAUACAAUCCUACUCCACCUGCUUCUCUGGAAUUGGACUCUUUCCCGUUAGGCAGUGCUUUGCCGGAUGCUCAUGUAUCUUCUAUUAUCUCUACUGUGACUGAUGAUGAAAUAAAAAAUACGGUAUUUUCGGGCUCCUCCUCAUCUGCUCUGGGGCCUGAUGGCUUCAACUUCCAUUUUUAUAAAACGGGGUGGCAUAUCCUUGGGCCUACUAUUUGCAGGGCUGUUCAUUCCUUUUUUCUUAAAGGAUAUAUGCCUAAUGGAGUUAAAUCUACUGCACUUGCUAUUAUCCCUAAACAUAAAAAUGCAGCCAGUAUAUCUGAUUAUAGGCUUAUAGCUUUGUGUAAUGUCUUGUACAAAAUUAUCACCAAGGUGAUGGCUGCUAGGAUAAAACCGAUUAUGUGCUUGAUUGUCAAGGACAACCGAGCGGGAUUUGUGAAAUCUAGAGUGUCGACUGACAACAUAUUGCUUGCUAGUGAUAUCCUUUAUUAUGCAGGGAAAAGAGGAGGCGCCAAUCUUUUUUUUUGUGCCAAAUUAGACUUUAAAAAGGCUUUUGAUUGUGUCUCUAGACAGUUCCUGUUGGCUAGGCUCUUGCAAAAAGUUCUUAACGGUGCUCUUGAAGGGUACUUCUCCUCUACUGCAGGGUUGAGGCAGGGGUGUCCUCUUAGUCUCUACCUCUUUUGUCUGGUCAUGGAUGCUUUCUCCAAUCUUCUUGAGGGGAGGGGUUUCAAAGGUGUUACUACUGAUAAUUAUUCUCUUACUCAUUUGCUCUAUGCAGAUGAUGUUUUGAUCUUUGGGGAGGCCACAACUGAUAACUGUAAAAUUCUUGCUUCGGUGCUGAGGGACUUUGCUAAUUCCACGGGUCUCUACAUCAAUUAUGAAAAAAGCUCUAUCAUGUUCCCUAAACAUCUGAGAAAUCACCUUGAUAUUUGUCAUGAGCUAUCUAUUCACACCAUAGUAGAUAAAAUUACCUACCUUGGUAUACCUCUUUCUUUUUAUUGGCUUAAAAUUGGUGAUUUCCUCCCUCUGCUGGAUUGCUUAAACAGGAAACUUAAUGGCUGGAAAGAUAAUUUAUUGUCUUUUGCUGGUAGACUACAAUACUUGAAAUUCACCAUACAAAACACUAUAGCAUAUUGGAUACGUGGUUCUAUAUUGCCUAAAGCUAUAUACAAAGUCUAUAAAAAAUUAUCCUCUAGAUUUCUAUUUUUUGGGGAUGUUAACUCUGGAAAGAAGCUUCAUAUGCUCUCUUGGGACAAAAUUUGCAAUCCUAAAUCCAAAGGUGGACUGGGUAUCCCUUCUAUACAAGCCUUGCAGUUUGCUUACCACUGCUCUGUAAUCUUCAGGAUGUAUAAUUGCACUACUCCUCUUUCCAUCUGGCUUCUUACCAAAUACAGAUCUCCGUGGAAGGCGCCUCUGGUUUCUGCAUCUAAACUCUGGAAAUCAAUCUGUAAAACUACUGUGGACUCUAAACAUUGCUUUAAAUUCUCUAUCACUCAAAACUCUACUGUUUCUCUUAAAUGGGAUCACUGGUGCCAUAACCUCACGUUAGGGGCUUUUAUUGGCGAUGCUAACCUUGAUAUCAUUCAUGAUAUUCCUCUUUCUGAGCUCAUUUUUGGAAACACUUGGGAUCUCUCCGGUAAAAUUCAUACAUCCCAUCAUCAGGUUUUUUAUGGCAUGCAGAUUUCGGAUAGUUUUGGUGCUUGUCUGUCUUGGAACAAUAGUAAAAAUGUUUGUUUCAAACUUUUUAUAGAUGAAUUCUAUUCUGAAAAAUCAGACUGCUGCUGGGUUAACAUGAUAUGGCAUAGGGGACAUAUUCUUAAACAUACGGUUUUUGUUUGGCUUGCUUUAGCUGGGGGUUUAAAGACUGCACAUGCUCUCCUUACUAGAAAUAUUCAUGUUCCUCUUGGCUGCAGUUUAUGUAAUACUCAUAAGGAAUCUUAUGAAAUGGAAGAAUUAUACAGAAAUUUUGGAAAUUUUCUAAUGAGCUGGCCGUGCUGGUUGCAUCAUCGGGUUCCUGUCCCUGUCCCUUCGUCUAAAGCCUACUGGCCUGACUGGACAAUGAUGAGGCUCCCUUUGCAGGUCCCUUGGAUGGUCUUCGGGCAACCAGGGUAUUUCGUCUUCUAUCUUUAUUCUGAGUCCAGCCCUUAUUGGCUUGGGAGCAGGUCUUACUUCUUUUGGCCUACUUUUGGUGAUUUUUAUCACAGAUGCUACAAGAGAUUGGCUAGUGUUCCAGAUCUCAGCAGAGGUGGAGAGCUGAAGGACAUAGGGAAGAACUCAGGUUGGAGAUUCAUCGUAAGAAACUUCAAUGGAGCUAGAACUAUGAAGUCCGCCAUUGUUGCAGAUAAGGAGGAUGCCGGAGUGGUACUGGAAGAGUAUGAACUUUGUUCUGCCAUGGAGAAACAAGGCGGUGGAGCUCAGGGCUCUGAUACCAUGAAGAGAAAUCAGUAG